AUGCUGCGCUUGGUCACAGGUCCCAGCCGUGUGGCCAGCAAGGCUGACUGCAGGCUGCCUCAUGUGUCCUUUGAUGAGUUCUCUGUGACCUGUAAAGCACAGAAAAACCCUGAGCAUGGGAGGCUGGUUUGCACUUCACCCUUUGGGACCUUCAGCUACAGUUCCUCCUGCUCCGUCAGCUGUGACAGUGGCUACYUGCCAAGCAGCUUGGAGACCACCUGGUGUACAUCCUCUGGGGAAUGGAGUGCUCCUCUUCCCACCUGCAGAGUGGUGGCGUGUGCUGCUUUGACAAAUCCAGACAAUGGAACCAUGGAUUGUGGCCUGGGCCCUGGACGCUCCCCCUGGAACACCACAUGUACAUUUGGCUGUAAGGAAGGAUUCGAACGAGUGGGAGCUCAGAACCUCACGUGUACCUCCUCUGGGAACUGGGAUGACGAGAAGCCGCUGUGUAAAGCUGUGACAUGCGAAGCCAUCCACCGGCCUCAGCAUGGCUCUGUGCACUGUAGCUACUCCACAGCUGGYGAGCUCACCUUCAAGUCCUCCUGCAAAUUCAGCUGCAAAGGGGGCUUCAGGCUGCUGGGACCAGCCCAGGUUGAAUGCACAGCACAAGGGCAGUGGACACAGCAAACACCAGUGUGUAGAGCUCUCCAGGGUGGAGCUUUAUCCAGCCCAGAGUGAGGCCAGGUGGUUUGUCUUCCUAGUGCUUCUGGACUCCAAAAUAAAUCCAGCUGUAGGUUCUCCUGGGAGCCAGGAUUUUCUUUGGAGGAAUCCAAAAGGCUCCAGUGUGGCCUCACAGGGGACUGGGACAGUGAGAGCCCACAUGCAAAGAUACUGGCUCACUCUUGCCUUCCAGCUGUGCAGUGCGAUGCUCUCCCUGUGCCCCUGAAUGGCUCCGUGAAGUGCUCUCCUUCCCCUACUGGAGAGUUCCCCUACAGGUCCUCUUGCACCUUCCACUGUGACGAUGGCUUUGACUUACAUGGAUCAGCUCAACUGGAGUGCACAUCUCAGGGGCAGUGGACACACGAGGUCCCCUCCUGCCAAGCUCCCCCCGAGUCCAGCACUCCCUUGGCAGCUGGACUUUCUGCUGCAGGAACCUCCCUCGUGGCACUGACAUCAGUUCUCCUCUGGCUUCUGAAAUACUUUCGGAAGAAAGCAAGGAAAUUUGUCCCUGCGAGGAACACUGCAUCCCGGGAACUAGACUGA